UUAAAUUUGAAGCAUUUGAAUUUGACGACAGGUUUUCUCCCCUGUUCUUCCAAUAGCCCGCAAGAAAUUCCGCGCGAAGAAAGUGGGUCACUGGCUUUCAGUCUCACUUUAUCCCUUUUUUUCGGUUCCAGGGGCCCUCACCAAUACAGACCCUUUUUACAAUUACUUUCAGAUAGAGAUGUCUAAGAUUUAAUGAUUUAUAGCUGGGGCAUUGACGGCCGAGGGGUUUCAGACAGCAAAAUGGCGGGGAAAGUUUAGAAACAGAAACAUACGAUCAUAAUUAAGUACGCACAUUCGAGUUUUAUUUUUUUGUAAUUUGGCGGGAACAAGGACUGGAACUUUAUCUUGUGUAGAGGCGGGAGAGAAAUGGGAGCAGCAGGGCCUACAAAGGAAGCUGCCGCCUUGCUUCACCUCUUCAAAAUCCCCAUGGAACUCUAGGGUUUAGACCUACUCUGUAUCUUGGCGUUUCACAACAUCUGCAAGCCCCGAUUCUUGAAUCGUUCCAGCAAAUAUCAGUAGAGAAGACCUGCGAUCAUGGAACCAUUAGAUGCAAAGAUUUCAAUCCUCUUGGGUCCAGAUGCAGCCCCAUUUGAGGCUCUAAUUGAACAUUUGAUGAGUGCUGGAAAUGAAUCUCGUGGUCAAGCUGAGGAACUUUUCAAUGCUUGCAAGCAGUUGCAUCCUGAAACGCUGAUGCUAAAGUUAGUGCAUAUACUACAAUAUAGUUGCCAACCUAGUUUAAGAUCCAUGGCUGCUGUGCUGUUCCGUAAACAAAUUGGUUUGUGGUCAAAGCUUGACGAACGCUCUCGCCAUGUAGUGAAGGAGCAAAUGUUAAUCUGUUUGCAGAGGGAGGAAAUUAAAAGUGUGUCGAGGAAGCUAUGUGAUACUGUAGCUGAGCUAGCAACAAGCAUUUCGGAAGAAGAUGAAUGGCCUGAAUUGCUUUCCUUCCUCUUUCAAUGCGUAAAUUCUGAAGUUCUGCACCUAAAAGAGAUUGCACUUCUUGUUCUUGGACAGCUUGCACAGUACAUGAGCUCUCAGCUCUAUCGUCAUCUCUCAGUACUCCAUGGUAUUUUUCAACAAACUCUUUCACCAAGCAUGCCUGGUGACGUGCGACUGGCAGCACUUCGUGCAAUUGCUAGUUUUGUACAAUCACUAGAAUCUUCGCAAGACAGAGAAGUAUUCCAGGAUUUAUUGCCAGGAAUGAUGGAGACGUUGACUAGAGCUCUUGAGCUUCAAGAGGAGGCUAUUGCACAAGAGGCACUUGAAAUGCUUAUAGAAGUGGCGGGAACAGCACCACAGUUUCUUCGAAAGCAGCUACCAGAGGUUGUAAGCAGCAUGCUUCAGAUAGCUGAGGCUGAGAGUCUUGAAGAUGGGAUUCGCCAUUUGGCACUUGAGUUUUUAAUUACUCUUUCCGAGGCUAGAGAGCGUGCUCCUGGAAUGAUGAGAAAACUCCCCCAGUUUAUUGCAAAACUGUUUGCCAUAUUGGUUAAAUUGUUGCUUGAUAUAGAAGAUGCUGCUGCUUGGCAUACAGCAGAAAUUGAGAAUGAAGAUGCUGGGUGGACUAGUAAUUAUGAGGUAGGACUGGAGUGCUUGGACCGCCUUGCAAAUUCACUUGGUGGUAAUACUAUUGUGCCUGUAGCUUCAGAGUUACUACCUUCUUAUAUAUCUGACAAUGAUUGGAGGAAACGGCAUGCUGCACUAAUUACUCUUGCACAGAUUGCUGAAGGUUGUGAUAAGGCUAUGAGUAAAAACCUUGAGCCUAUAGUAAACAUGGUAUUGAAUUCAUUCAGAGAUCCUCAUCCCCGUGUCCGAUGGGCAUCCAUCAAUGCUCUAGGGCAGCUUGCUACUGACUUGAAUCCGGAUUUGCAAGAGCAGUUUCACCAACAAGUAAUUCUUGCCCUUGUAGGUGCUAUGGGUGAUAUUCAAAACCCUCGUGUUCAGGCACAUGCAGCAGCGGCAGUUUUAAAUUUCUGUGAAGGUUGUACACCUGAGAUUUUGACACCAUAUCUUGAUGGUAUUGUGGCCAAUUUGCUUGUCCUUCUUCAGAAUGGAAAACAUAUGGUACAGGAAGGGGCUUUGACUGCUUUGGCAUCAGUUGCAGAUUGUGCACAGUCUAGUUUCCAGGUGUACUAUGAUACUGUGAUGCCGUAUUUAAAAACCAUCCUGCUUAAUGCUACUGACAAGUCAAACCGAAUGCUGCGUGCCAAAUCAAUGGAAUGUAUAAGCCUUGUUGGCAUGGCAGUUGGUAAGGAGAAGUUCGGUCAGGAUGCUAAGCAGGUUAUGGAGGUGCUAAUGAAUCUCCAGAGGGCACCUAUGGAGGAUGAUGACCCAACAAUUAGUUACAUGCUUCAGGCAUGGGCUCGCCUUUGUAAGUGUCUUGGUCAGGAAUUCUUACCAUACAUGAGCAUUGUUAUGCCACCUCUUCUUAACUCAGCUCAAAUCAAACCAGAUGUCACCAUUACUGAUGCUGAUGAUCCUAUAGAUGAAAUUGAUUCUGAUGAUGACAGCAUGGAGACCAUCACUAUUGGGGACAAAAGAAUAGGCAUCCGAACAAGUGUAUUAGAAGAAAAGGCUACAGCAUGUAACAUGCUUUGCUGUUAUGCUGAUGAACUGAAGGAAGGAUUUUAUCCAUGGGUUGAUCAGGUUGUGCAGAUUCUUGUUCCACUAUUGAAGUUCUAUUUCCAUGAGGAAGUUCGGAAGGCUGCUAUUUCAGCUAUGCCAGAGCUGCUCCAAGCUGGAAAAUUGGCUGUGGAUAAAGGACAGGCACAGGGUCGUGAUGAGUCUUAUGUUAAGCAACUUUCAGAUUACAUUAUUUUGUCCCUCGUUGAAGCAUUAAAUAAGGAACCAGAGACAGAGAUCAUUGUGAAUAUGUUAUGCUCUUUAAAUGAAUGCAUUCAGAUAUCAGGCUUGCUUCUUGAGCCAGAAUGGAUUAAAAAAAUGGUUGAUCAGUUCAAGCAAGUCAUUACAGCUAGCACAAGCAGAAAAGGAGAGCGCACCAUAAGAUCAAAAUCUGAGGAUUUUGAUGCGGAGGAGAGGGAUCUGUUGCAAGAAGAAAAUUCAGAGGAGGAAGAGGUUUUCGAUCAAAUUGGGGAAUGCCUUGGAACACUCUUAAAACUGUUCAAGUCACUGAUCUUACCCUAUUUUGAUGAGCUUGUUUCUUUCAUCACCCCAAUGCUGGGAAAGGAUCGGACACCAGAAGAGAGACGAGUAGCAAUCUGCAUUUUUGAUAAUGUGGCAGCAGAGUGUGGUGUUGCUGCUACAAAGUACUAUGACACAUUUUUGCCAUUCCUUUUAGAAGCUUGCUCAGAUGAAGAUGCUGAUGUGCGGCAGGCGGCAGUAUAUGGAAUUGGAGUUUGUGCCAAACAUGGAGGUGCAAAAAUGAAACCGUUGGUUGAAGUAUCAUUAUCAAAGUUGAAUGAUGUGAUUAGUCAUCCAUCAGCUUUUCUCUCUGACAAUAGAAUAGCUACUGACAAUGCAAUCUCAGCCCUUGGCAAGAUAUGUGAAUAUCAGAGAGACUUUAUUGAUGCAUCACAGGUUGUUCCAGCCUGGUUGAGUUGUCUACCUAUUAAGAACGACAUAAUUGAAGCAAAAGUCUUACAUGAGCUUUUUUGCUCCAUGGUAGAGAGGUCUGAUCCUCAACUACUUGGCCCAGGCAACCAACAUUUGCCAAAGAUUAUUUCUGUGUUUGCUGAGAUUUUGUGUUCUGGUGCAGAUCUGGCAUCGGAAGAAACCAUUUCUAGAAUUGUACAGCUUGUAAGGCAGCUUCAGCAAACCAUGCCACCACCUGCUCUCACAUCAACAUGGUCUGCUUUACAGCCCCAGCAGCAAGCAGUGCUAAAUUCUAUUUUGUCCUCACAAUCUUGAUAAAUGUUCUUUUGGCUUGACAUGGUGCUGUAAUUGGUUUGUCGAGUUCUUUGUUGCCUGCCCAUUUAUUUGUUGUGUAAAAUAAUUUCCCGUUCCAGUAGGUUUCAUUUAUUUUGUGAUUAUAUCCAAAUAAUUGAUUGACAAGCAGCCUUGUCUUGCCAAUUGAUAAAGCUUCAGUCUCUAAAGGGUAUAUGUUUCAGUCAAAUGUAUGUAUUGUGUAGUCUUGGAGAGCUUUUGGCACUUGGGCUGAGGUUCAGUAGCGUGUUCAAUAAAGAUAGUUUCUAAUUUUGAA